AAGAUUUUACUUUUAGGCACUGGGGAGAGUGGAAAAAGCACAUUCAUUAAGCAAAUGCGUAUAAUUCAUGGCUCAGGCUACUCUGAAGAGGACAAAAAAGGCUUCACCAAGCUGGUGUACCAAAACAUCUUCACUGCCAUGCAGUCUAUGAUCAGGGCCAUGGAAACCCUGAAGAUUCUGUACAAAUACGAACAGAACAAGGCCAAUGCAGUGCUGAUCCGGGAAGUGGAUGUAGAAAAGGUCAUGACAUUUGAGCAGCCAUAUGUAAGUGCAAUUAAAACAUUGUGGAACGACCCUGGAAUACAAGAGUGUUAUGACAGGAGAAGAGAAUAUCAGCUUUCUGACUCAGCUAAAUACUAUCUUAGCGAUGUGGAUCGUAUUGCUACCCCAGGAUAUCUACCAACUCAGCAAGAUGUGCUACGGGUUAGAGUUCCUACAACCGGUAUCAUAGAGUACCCCUUUGACCUAGAGAAUAUUAUCUUCAGAAUGGUGGAUGUUGGUGGUCAAAGAUCAGAACGAAGGAAGUGGAUCCAUUGCUUUGAAAAUGUGACUUCCAUCAUGUUUUUAGUAGCACUUAGUGAAUAUGACCAAGUUCUGGUGGAAUCUGAUAACGAGAACCGAAUGGAAGAGAGUAAGGCUCUCUUUCGAACCAUUAUCACUUAUCCAUGGUUCCAAAACUCUUCUGUUAUCCUCUUUCUCAACAAGAAAGAUCUGUUGGAAGACAAGAUCCUAUAUUCUCACCUUGUUGACUAUUUCCCAGAGUUUGAUGGCCCACAGAGGGAUGCACAGGCAGCCCGUGAGUUCAUUCUCAAGAUGUUUGUGGAUUUAAAUCCAGACAGCGAUAAAAUCAUCUAUUCUCACUUCACAUGUGCCACAGACACAGAAAACAUCCGUUUCGUCUUUGCAGCUGUCAAGGACACCAUCCUACAGCUCAACCUGAAGGAGUACAACCUGGUUUGACCCGCUCUGCUCUUGGCCCCUUGAGAGGCUUCAUUGUGAAGAAAAGACAAAAAAAGAAAUUUUAAAUAUGACAGGAAAAAAGUUUUAAUUUUUGAUGAUGUAAUGAUUGCAAAUUGUCUGAUCUGUGGAGUGGCAAGUGCUCAGUGUUAUCCUGGAGUCUCAUGUCUCUGUCCACAGAGUAGCUGAUUUCAUAUUUUUAACAAAUUGCUUUUAUUUCACAGUUAACGGGGAUAUGCCUCAUUUCUUCAGCACCUUGCUUACUUCUUAAUUUUUUGCCAAACAGCUAAGGCAGUCUCAUCUUGAGCUUUCCUUUGUUGCUUAGCUAUUUUUUUCCCCUUUUCAUUCCCAUGGUAUAUAUAUAAAAAACUAACUUUCCAGCCGAGAUUGUGAAUUCACUGGACUGUGGGAGUGCAGAAUGCUACUGGUCCCUUUGCCUUGUGCUAUAGGGUGCCUCUGGUGUAAUUUGCUAAUCCUGCUUGCUUCCCCGUGCCCCCCACCCCUCCCUUCUUUCCCUUCCCUUCCCCAGGACACGCUCCAUGGUUCACUGUGAUGAAAUGUUGGGGAGGAGCGAUUGCUCUCCAACUAUUGUGCAAAAAAAGAAAAAGGCAAAACAAAAAAAAAAGCCA